AACAUGCCGACAAAGUUGCCUAAUUCUUUUUACAUAAUUAAGUUAAUUUCCCAUUAGGGAUUUUGAGUCUGAAAAAAAAAAGACUAGAUUUAGCACACUACCAAAGAAAUUUGUUUUAGAUACCUUUACAGUUCAUCUGAGUACAAUCUGAGAGCCGCGGAGAGAGAAAGUACAGCACCCUAAGAUCUUAUUCAUUUUGAAAGCCCAAUUAUUUUGUUGUACAUCCGUUGAUAUCAUCACUGGAAUCAUAACCGUUUGAUAAUUUAUUUGGCUUUGUCUGUCUCGAUCAUGAUAGAAUUUUGGUUGAGAGCUAGCUCUCUUCUGGGUCCCAGAUUUGGACACUCAAUAUGGAGGAAUCAAUACUUCCACGUGUUUUGCUCUUCCUCAUCUUCUUCUCCUUCUCGACUCUUCAUCCCGACAGCCCCCUCCAAGCCCCUCUAGCCACCAACUCAUUCUUUGAGAAAAUUGAUGACCAAACUUGGGAUUUUCUCCUUCUUUUCUUGAUAAGUAAUGAGAUUUGGGGUUUAGAAUCUUCCCUCUCAACCCAGAAAUCCCGGAUCUGCUCUGCUUCUUCCUCCCUUGUCCGUCGGGUUCUGCUGGGUUUGAAUCCUUCGGCUUUUUCUGUUUGCCGUGAGUUUCCCCCUGGAUCCCGUCGGCUUCCUCACCAGCCAAGCUCGGGUUCUGCUGGCUGGAAUUCUGGUUCCCGAUCAUUCUGUCAGUUAGCACUGAGAUUGAGUGCUCGAUUUUAUGCGAGUGAGUUGAGCAUGCCUAUUUGGAAAUUGACUGAACUGUUUGAUGAACUGAGAAAUUUGUGAAUAUUGAGUUUCUGUUAAAUCCAUGCCCACAUGGAAAUUUUCCGAUUUGUUCUGAAAUUCGAGAUUGAUUGUGAAAUUCGGGUUUUUCUGUAAACUCUGCAUGGUUUUGUCUCGGAUAUAGUCAUGAUUAUUAAUUACUGUGCCCGCUAGUGGGAGGUUUAUAAACACUAGCACAUGUCGACAUGUAUUUCUGUAGAACCGAUUCACCCUACCAAUGGGGUUAAACAUUGGUAAUUACUGUCGCCUGCCAGUGGGAGUUGUAAACAUUGGUACCAUUACUAACGCCUGCCAGUGGGAGUUGUUAAACACUGGCACUUCUGUAACCUUGCCUAUGGGGUUAAACAUUGGCAACUACUGUGCCCGCCAGUGGGAGGUUUAUAAACGCUGGCCAUGACUUAUAGAUGAGACUACUGAACUGAGUUUUCUUCUGCAUUGACGGUUUGUCAUGAAACGUUUUGUUAUUGAACUGAAUCUGAUUUUGCAUUGACGAGUUGUCAUUGAAUGCUUUGCAAUUAAACUGAAUCUGAUUUUGUCACUGAGCGUUUUGGUUAUAUUAAACUGUUUAUCUGGCGUGCUUAAAAGUUUUACCCAAGGGCUAUCCAUAUUUACUUACUGAGUUAUCUCAUAGUUUUCCCUUGUCCACCAUUUCAGGAAGCGAAACCGAGGACGGGGAAACCGAGGGGAGUGACGAGUUAGAAGGCUAGCCAUUCUAGUUGGAUAUAAGUUUUAGAUUUUAUCAUCCUUUUGUAAGUGAGAUUUUAUUCUUGAGAUUUAUGAUUUGAAUAAGUUCCGAGCCUUGUGUACUUGUGGGACCCGUCUCACGAGUGUACGGCGUCUGUCGCGUCUCGAAAUUGA